CUGAUGUCAGCACCACGUCGACUGCUGUCCCAGCAAAGUGUGACACCUCAACCAGUGAUCACACAACCCACUGGGACACCACAUCGACCGAUGCCGUGUCACACUGUGACUCUGUGCUGCCUGAGCUCACGGAGGAGGCCGACGCCACAACGACGGAGGGCGUGGCGAGCACUGACGCCGCGCCUGUUCAGCGCCUGGCCGAUACCCCCAGCCUGGAGUUUCUUGAGGAGAGAGCUGUCUCUGCUGAAGUAGCCAUAACGCCAGACAGAGACAUGCAGCAGAGACCCCCCACGGUGCCCAAGCUGGCCUGGGUGAAGGAGGAGGAGAAGGAGGAAAGCCCUGGGGCUGCUCCAACACAGCAGCCUGAAGAGGUGCAGCAGGUGCAGCCCCCGCAGGAGGAUGCAGGCCAGGAGCGGACAGAAGAGCAGCUCCGUGCCCGUGGCCGCUUCCGCAGGGCAGCACAGCUGGUUUGCAGAUUCAUCAGAUGCAUUUGGCAUGAAGAGGCCACUUUCAUGGCCACUGGGGACACGGCAAACUCGGACCUCUUCAGUGCCCAGACCAGUGCUGCCCUGCUGGAUUUGCUUGUGCAGAACGGUGUCUACAAAGCGAAGCAAGUGCCGGCCAUAGUCAGGUGCAUCCACCAGUGGCUCACAUCCAACGUGUCUGCUGAGCACAGGCUGGACAAGACUCUUGUCCUGCUGACCGAGGCACACCCCGUGGAUGUUGCAGUGACCCUGCUGCGCUCUGCCCCAGCCUGUGACAGAGCUGCUCGCACCAUGUGGAAGACGCUCGUCUCCUCCAGAGGGACUAAGGAGCCGGUGCUGCAGAUCCUCUUCCGUGUGCUGGAAUACUGGCCAGCGCACAGGAGACGCACCUCUGAUGGGGAUGAGAGGGAUGUCUUUGCCCUGGCUGCAACUGUGGCACUCUGGGAGAUCCUCCAGCUGUCCUGGUGCCCAGGAGCAGUGAAGGACAAUUUCCCCCGCCUCCUUCUGACUCUGCUCUUCCAAGUUUUCAUCAGCACAGAGGAGAUGUCAGAGGGGGUUGAGACCUUCUGGAGGCGAUGCCAGGAGCAGCGCAGCCUUCCCCCCAACCCCAACAGGUUUGCAGUGCAGACCGUUAAAGCCCUGCUGCUCCAGCUGCUGGAUGAGGACGUGCUGAUGGCGAUCGCUCGCAAGUGUGUCUGGGACAUGCUCCUCAAGGCUGACAGCCACCACUAUGCAGUGGGUCUGCUGGCCAGGGAGCUGUGCCGUGUCUCCCGCUCCAUCUGCCGCAGCAUCGCCGUCAGCCUGCUCCCACGGCUCAGCAGGGAAGAGCCCCUGUGGGAACUGCCUGCCCUGGCCUUCCUGGUGGAGCUGCAGUCGCCCGGGACGGUGCCUGCACCCUGUGCUGCUGCCUGGGCCCAGCCCCGGGCGGGUCCGGGCUCCUGCCGGCCGGGCCCCCCGUCACUGCUCCCUGCCUUUCAGGUCCUGCACUGCCUGAACCCCAGACAAUGUGGGCCCAGCGUCCUGCAGAUAAUUUCAAGGCGCCUGCGCAGCCAGUGCCCGGAGAGGCGUCGCCUGGCGCUCCGAGGCCUGGUGGUGCUCAGCAAGGCUCCCUCAAUGGCUAAGAGCAUCCGGAGCCUGAAUGAAAGCCUCCUGGAGCUACUGCAGGAUGCAGACACGGACGCAGUUCAGAUGACUCUCUCUGCGUUCAUCAAUGUACUGGGCUUGAAAAUCAUCCAAAUAUCCAGCCCAAUUGCCCUGAAGUUGCUUGAGGCGCUGCGGCCACUCUUUGACAACGAGCACAGCCAGCUGCAGCAGCUCUCCAUGCUCCUCUUCCGGGAGGUGAUGGAGGCGACAGAGAGGAGCAAGAGCCUAAAGCCACCCGUGUACCUGAGUCUGGUGCCAUUCUACUUCAACUGGCACGAGGAGAACCAGCGUGUGGCAGAGGCCUCUCGGAGAGCACUGUUUGGUGCAGCCAGGUUCCUGAAGUGGAGGGACCUUGAGCACUUGGUGACCAUGGAGCAGCCGUGGAGGUUUCCCGAGUGCCUGCUGGAAAAGGACAGGAGCCGAGUGGGCCAGUACGUGCGCCAGGCCCUGCCGUCCCUGGAGAGCCCAGAGGAGCCCCUGCGAAAGCUGGCCAUCAAGUUUCUGGGGAUCGCCGCCAGGUCCAUGAAGCAGGAGCAGCCAGAGCUGCAGCUCAUCUGCCAAGCCCUUCAAGGCAUUUCUGAUGACAGCCCUGCUGUCUCAAACCUGGCCGUUGAAACGCUCCACAUCAUCAGAACUGUACGGAGAACUCCAUUCUUCCCAUUCUGGUAGUCUCCGUUGCUGCCUCUUCCAGCCCGUGGAUGUGUGACAGAUGACAUCAGACUCACCAUGGCAGGCCUGGCAAUUCAACACUGCUACGUGCCGAGAGUUGUACAGACGGUUC